AUGGCGGCGCGAUUCGGAGGUGGAUUGCUCCUCGUAGCAGUCAUGUGCGUGGCAGCGGCGUACGUUCCGAGAAGCUGCCGCGCGCAGCCUCCUCCGCCGACGAAGGCGCAGCUGCGCGCGGAACUGCAGAGCAUGGCGAAGAGCAUCGUGAAGCGGUACCCGCAGUACUCGCGAUACGCGCAGGACGCCACCAAAUACAUUAACUUCGCACAUAUGCCUUUCCGUGUUUGUUCCCCGCAUGACCGCACCAAUCUGACCAUCCCUUCCGGCCCCACACAACACCCCAGCUUCUCCUUUUUCCGACAUCACUCACUGCUUUUUCUUUCUCACCUCUUUUCCCCUCUCCACCCCCCUCCGUUCCCCCCACCCGCCCCUUCCCCGCCGCCCUCCCCGCCCUGCCCCUGUAGUGAACUCCAUUCACCGCCUUUCCUUCUCCCCUCUCCGUCUCCCCCUCUCCCCGUCCCCCCACUUCCCCUCGCAGUCAAUUCCAAGUACGACCUGUCGGCACUGCGAGACGCGUCCAUCCUCAUCCCCAACAACGUGCAGGCAGAAGCCCUCGCUAAGAGAAUCCCCGCUAAGAGCAGCAGCGUCCCCACACUGUACAACAUAACGGCGUUCCACAUCCUGCGGCGCCGAAUGACCCUCCCGCAGAUGAGGCAGGUGAAGCUGCGGACGGCGAUAGGAACUCAGCUGAGGCAGCCGCUCUUCAAGAUGACGCCGAUGGGAAACAACAGCGCUGUGUCGUUUGCUAGGGGGCCGUACUUGAAGGUGGACCAGUGGACCACCAUUCGCAUCCCGGGGCUGUACGUGGGGCGCUGGUUCAUUGCCCAUGGGGUGGAUCGGGUGAUCAUCCCUACUCACACCAAGAUAUGA